AUGGCUACUUCUGCUUCUUCCCUUACAAUUGCGUCGUCUUUCUCCGAACCACGGACUCAGAUCCAUUCCUCGAAGCGCUCGAAUCUUACUCUUUGUUCAGUCCCUUACAAGGCCGGUUCAAGGAGCAGGAAUAGAAGAUUGGGACUCGUUGUCAGUUCUGUUACGGCGCCCAAUGUUGAGCUCCGUACUGGACCCGAUGAUCUCAUUUCUUCCCUCCUCACUAAGGUUGCGAACAGCGACGGAGGUGUGACGCUGAGCCCAGAGCAACACAAGGAAGUUGCACAAGUAGCUAGAGAGCUUCAGAAGUACUGUGUGAGCGAGCCUGUUAAAUGUCCUCUCAUUUUCGGAGAUUGGGAUGUGGUGUACUGUUCUAGACCGACCUCUCCCGGUGGAGGCUACAGAAGCGUGAUAGGCCGACUCUUCUUCAGAACGAAAGAGAUGAUACAGGGCAUUGAUUCUCCCGAUAUCGUGAGGAACAGAGUUUCCUUCACUGCUUUAGGUUUUCUUGAUGGAGAUGUCUCCUUGACAGGGAAGCUGAAAGUGUUGGACAGUGAGUGGGUUCAGGUGAUAUUCGAGCCUCCGGAACUGAAGGUAGGAUCUUUGGAGUUUAAAUACGGGUUCGAAAGCGAAGUGAAGCUUCGGAUCACUUACAUUGAUGAGAAACUUAGGUUGGGAUUAGGCUCUAGAGGAUCAUUGUUCGUCUUUAGGAGGCGUCAAUAA